AUGGCCAGCCAGACACAGGGCUUCCCGAUCACUGGCGCUCAAAGUUUAGAUGGGAACACUGUUGGCCAUAACGACCAAGUACGAAAGAGACUUUUCAUAUUCUGUGAUGGCACCUGGCAGGAUGGUGUUAAUAGCAAGCGCCGCUUGACAAAUGUUGCUACUCUCGCUCGAUGCCUUGAGGGUGUAGCUAACGAUAACUACCUCCAAACCGUAUACUAUGAUAACGGAGUUGGAAAUGCUACUAGCAGGCCUGCUAAGCUCGUCGAUGGAGCAACUGGAAGAGGUAUAUCGACCAAGAUUAGGAAUGCCUACAGCUUUCUCUCUCAUAAUUAUAACUUCGACCACCAAAACGACGAAAUAUUCCUUGUCGGAUUCUCCCGUGGGGCAUUCGCUGUCCAAUGCCUGGCUUCGUUCAUCAGCCAGACUGGAUUGUUCCAGAAACAACACCUAUAUUACCUACGUGGGAUGUUUGCUUUGUGGAAAAAUCAAUACUUUAAGCGUGUGGGUUCCGGCGAGAGAUAUCCGGUGAAAGAAAAGCUGGAUAAUUAUGUCAAGAGGUUCCGCAAUGAAGAGCUACUGUACGAGGUGCGGAUCAAGGCUUGUGUUGUCUGGGACACAGUCAGUGCUCUUGGACUCCCAACUCCGUGGCCGAGACCCCUCUCAUUCGUGGGGAAACAAGUCCCCCAGGCCGUUGAAAAUGCCUUUCAAGUCCUUGCGCUGGAUGAGAACAGAGCACAGUUCAAGCCAUGCAUAUGGGAUUCCAAAGAGCGGGAAGAGACAUAUGCUAAGCAAUGCUGGUUCUUGGGUUCUCAUGCCGAUGUUGGCGGUAACGGAGACGCCGCUCUUGGAGCGGUGACCCUUAUAUGGAUUAUCGGGCAGCUCGAAGCGAAUACAAAUGCAAGCUUCAACAAAUUAGAGGUCACUAAACAUCUAAAGCACCGAUUUCUGGAGUGGGAUUUCCAUAUCAACGAGUUAAUUGGACAAUUGCAAGAGACCGCAAUUUUAUCGGAAAUGUCAAGCUCAGGCGAGUGGCCCUUGGGCCGUACCACGAAACCACCAUGGUAUUGGUGGCUUUCAGGAUUUGAGCCCCGAGCAGACUAUUUAAAGCUCAACCACCACAAUCCGGACCUUAUGCUAGUCCAUUUCACUGUCCGCUUUGCAAUGGCCGAAAAGCAAACCAAAUGCAAGGCGUUAAAAAAGUGGAAGACGGAGAUUCUGGAUGAUGGGGUUGUAUGUUGGAAGUUGCAGGGAAGAGUUCUCGUCGAAGAUAGACUUAGCGAAAAGAGUGAUAGCAAAGAGUAUAAAGAAUACAGCAUAUUCGAGGCAUGGCGCGAUGGUCGGUUUACGGCAGACGAAACUGACAGGACCGCAUUUGCUGCUCACGUUCGAGGUUUAAUUCAAGAUCCUGCCGAAGAGUUGAGUGGAAACCUCAAUUCCUUUGUUCUGUUCCUCAGAAGGAAUUUAAAAUUUACAGGCUCUUGUCUUGCUCCGAGCAAGAUGUACUUGCCCUAG